AUGGAAAUAGUUGAUGACAUCCUACUUGAGAAUGGAACCAAUAUUUCUGCUUUCCUGUGUGAUAUUGUCAUGGAAAAUGAUACGUUUUUCUGUGUGGAAGACUCACCUCCUCUUGCUAAAGAUUUACAUCAAACAGUUCGAAUUCUGCUAUAUUCGUUGAUAUUUUUGCUCAGUGUCGUGGGGAACACACUGGUAAUUACAGUGUUGAUAAGAAACAAAAGGAUGAGGACCGUCACUAAUAUAUUUUUGCUGUCGCUGGCUGUCAGUGACCUAAUGCUUUGCCUUUUCUGCAUGCCUUUCACCCUCAUUCCCAACCUGCUGAAGGAUUUUAUAUUUGGCAGUGCUGUUUGUAAAACUGCCACCUACUUCAUGGGUGUCUCAGUAAGUGUAUCUACGUUCAACCUGGUUGCCAUAUCUUUGGAGAGAUACAGUGCUAUUUGCAAACCCUUGCAGUCCAGGGUAUGGCAGACAAAAUCUCAUGCCUUGAAGGUGAUUGCUGCUACUUGGUGUCUCUCCUUUACCAUCAUGUCACCAUACCCAAUUUACAGCAAACUAGUGCCUUUUACAAAAUAUAACAACAGCACAGCUAACAUGUGUCGCCUCCUUUGGCCAAGCGAUGUCAUUCAGCAGUCCUGGUACAUUUUCCUGUUGCUCAUACUCUUUCUUAUACCUGGUAUUGUAAUGAUGAUUGCAUAUGGCUUAAUCUCUUUGGAACUAUACAGAGGAAUAAAGUUUGAUGUCAGCCAGAGAAAAUCUUCACAAGAAAGGAAAGCCAGCACCAGUAGCAACAAAUAUGAGGAUGGAGAUGGCUGCUACCUGCAGAAAACCAAAAAGAAGAGAAAAAUGCCACUGCAACAGCUUUCUGCCACCAGCAGCACCAAAAUAGACAGGGUCAGAAGCAACAGCUCAACUGCCAACUUGAUGGCCAAGAAGCUUGUCAUCCGCAUGCUGAUGGUGAUUGUGAUUUUGUUUUUCCUUUGCUGGACUCCCAUCUUCAGUGUAAAUGCCUGGCGUGCAUUUGACACCACAUCAGCAGACCAGCUUCUCUCAGGAGCUCCUAUCUCCUUUAUUCAUUUGCUCUCCUACACUUCUGCCUGUGUGAACCCCAUCAUCUACUGCUUCAUGAACAAGCGCUUCCGCAUGGGCUUUCUGGCCACUUUCACCUGCUGUCCCAAACAAAAGCCUCCAGCAGUAAGAGGAGAGAUUGGAGAUGAGGAGGAGGGGAAGACCACAGGGGCAUCCCUCUCCAGGUACUCUUACACGCACAUGAAUGCGUCUGCUCCCCCAUGAACUGCUACAGAAAAGGAGAGGCUACACAUGGCCAAGGGAAAUUCAAACUCUUAUCUUCUUGUCUGGUCUUGGAAAGGCAACUAAGGUUUGAUUUGUAACAUGGAGAUUA